UGAGAUUCCGAUGGAGGAAGAGCAGAAAGAAGGGUCCUUGUCCGACAGCAGUUCAUUGGCGGUGGCAACGGUCCUAACCGUCAUGGUUGUCGUUUGUUUUCUCGUUACCAGCUCCUUGGAAUGGUUUGGCAAGUGGUUGGAUUCACCCAAGACGAAAGCACUUAUUCCUGCUCUAGAGAAGAUCAAGGAAGAGCUAAUGCUUUUUGGGCUUCUGUCGCUGUUGAUGGGUCAUUGGGCGAUUUGGGUGGCUAAAAUUUGUGUCAAACAAUCGGCUUUUAGCAGCCGAUUCAUACCAUGUGUAGAAGAACAUAGCAAUAUUGAUGAGACGAAAACUCUACAACGCAUGCUCAUUGGAAGCAUACAUUCUUUGAAUCACUCGAUCAUCCAAAAGCAGGAAAAGAUCCACCGCCAUGAUUACUGUCGUGAGGGCUUUGAAUCUUUUGCUUCUUAUGAAAGCCUGGAGCAGCUUCAUCGUUUAUUGUUUGUUCUAGCUCUUACCCAUGUUUCUUAUAGUUUUAUCACCAUUGCUCUAGCAAUGCUGAAGAUUCAUAGCUGGAGGAUAUGGGAAAUUCAAGCAAAGUCAAUGGCUAUUGAUGUGUCACAAGGGUCCUCAGGGAUUACUACAUGCAAUAUUGGAAAUUUGGGCAGGUCUACCGUCAUUUUCCACCACACCUCCCAUCCAUGGAGCAAGCAUAAAUAUCACGUUUGGAUGCUAUGUUUCUUCCGUCAAUUCUGGUCUUCUAUAAAUAAAUCUGAGUACAUGGUACUGCGCUUGGGCUUCCUUAGUAAUCACAGACUUCAUAUGUCCUAUGAUUUCCACAGUUAUAUGCUUCGUAGCAUGGAGGAUGAGUUUCGUGAUAUCGUAGGUAUCAGUGUGCCUCUCUGGGUGUAUGCCAUAUUAUGCAUUUUUCUCGAUUUUCAUGGAGCUGUUUCUUAUUUUUGGCUUUCUUUCACUCCUGUCAUUUUCAUCCUACUAGUUGGUACAAAGAUUCAUCAUAUAGUGGUAAAGUUGGCUGUUGAAAUUACGGAUGCAACUCCAUCUUAUGGAAGUCAGUUUAACCUAAGGGAUGAGCUUUUCUGGUUUGGGAGGUCUCAAUUUCUGCUACAAUUUAUACAACUAUUUUUAUUUCUGAAUGCAUUUGAGAUGGCAACAUUUAUUUGGUCACUGUGGGAAAUAGGAGGACCUUCCUGCUUUAUGGACAACCGUGUAUACCUUGUUAUCCGCUUGACUUCUGGGAUCAUUUUCCAGUUCUGGUGCAGCUAUGUCACUCUUCCACUUUAUGUUAUUAUUACACGGAUGGGAUCAAGGUUUAGGAAAUCUAUGGUUUCAGAAAGUAUCAGAUUAUCACUUCAAGGGUGGAGUUCAAGGGGGAAGGAGAAGUUAAGACAGAGUCGUUCUACAAGAUCAAGCACCUCUUCGAAUUCCAAGCUGGAUGAUAUGGCUGAAAAUUCUAACACCGCCUUAAUUAGCAUGGCAGGCGGAUCUUCAAGAUUCAGGAAUAUCUGAAGCUCGGAUGAAGCAGUCAGUGGAAGCGGAUCAGAUUGACAAGUUAUAAACAACCUCCAAGUGAUGGUUCUUUACCAAUUCCUUUUACACUUCUCCUCAAUGUGAAACAUAUAAGGACGAGAAUGUUAAAACAGAUAAAUAAUCCCUAUUUCCACCGACCAUUGACCCCUUUAGU